AGGAUACUCGAAUGGCAGCAGAAGCAGCUAAAAAUGCCCUAGAUGGCUCCAUGCGAAAGGGGAGAAACUUAACUGUGAGAUUUGCUAGCUUAUCUACUGCUAUCCAUGUUUCAAACCUUGGCCCCCUGGUUUCAAACGAAAUGUUGGAAAAAGCCUUUUCUGCAUUUGGUGAUGUUGAGAGAGCUGUUGUUGUUGUCGACGAUCGUGGAAGAAGCAAAGGUUACGGAAGGGUGGAGUAUGCUCGUAAGGGAAAUGCCUUAAAUGCAUUACAAAAAACGAAUGAAGGAUUUUUUAUGAUUGGAAGGUAUGUGAAAACCAGUGCUUGUGGAAACAGGCAAAUCAAUUGACUCUAAUUUGAACAUUUGCUGUAAACAAUUGAACCAUUGACAGCAUUGUUUACAGGAAAAUAGAAUAACAACAUCUGUUCACGGGCUUUAGGACAAAUCAAUUUGACAACAAUAGUAUUCUAUCUAAAUAGCAGUUAAAAUAAAGUGUACGGCACCUCAACUGUUCAAUAUCUUGCUUCUAUAUCCAUAAAACAUUUACAUAUAUGCAAGUACUGUAUAUUUUCAAAAUCCGCCAUAUUUAUUUAUAUUUGAACACAAGCUUGCGCGGUUCACACGAAAUAUUAACGUCGGUGAUUUUCACUAAUAAUAAGAGGGUAGGAUUUAAUCGUUCGAAGCGCGAGGAAACCGUGCUUCCAUAUAUGGCACAAACGUGUCCCCAACUUACUUAUAUGUCACAAACGUGUCCCCAAAAUAUUUUAUCGAAGCCGUUAUGAUGUCAUACGAUUCCUCCUGCUCGAAACGAUUUGAACAGGUCACGUGGUACAGAACCCAGACAGCUGAUUGGGUUAGGGAGUGACAACGCCCACUUUAAUCCUUCCAUCUUAUUAUUAGUGAAAAUCACCGACGUAAUCUUUCGUGUGAACCGCGAAAGCUUGGGUUCUGAUGUAAAUAAACAUGGCGGAUUUUGAAAAUAUACAGCAUUAGCAUAUAUGUAAAUGUUUACGGAUUAAUAGAAGCAAGAUAUUUAACAGUUCAGGUGCCUUACACUUUAUUUUAACUGCUAUUUAGAUAGAAUACUAUUGUUGUCAAACUGAAUUUGUCCUAAAGCCCGUGAUCUGUUAGUUUUUAUUCAGAGUUGAAAAACAGUAUUGUCAUGUUUCGCUCGCUACUCUGGUUUAAAUAAAUGAUUACAAAGCCCAGUACAAUUGUAAUCAAGACCCAACGUUUCGACACUCCAGUCUAGUGUCUUCAUCAGGGGUGAUCUAAAGUUGCAAUCGUGGCUUCUUAAAUACCCAAGGGAUGAUGUCACCUGCCAAUGAGAUGCAUGUAUUCCUCUGGCAAAUAGGCACCGUCAUCGCAACCUCGUACCCAGGCUAUUUUCUGUUAUGCUCGGUGCACGGCCACUUGCUGAGAAAAUACCCUGGUAUUGUCUUGUCACGUGUCUCCCAGAAUCUGGGAGGUAACAAUGAAUUUCUAGUAGGGUGGGUAACUAGAAAGUACAUGCAUGCAGAAACCCUCGCCUUGCUGAAUUCCAAACAUGAAGUAUUGUUAUGGUUACACGAUAUUAUAAGAAUAGUUUUAAAAUUGAAAAAUCCCCCCAAAAUAAAGAUCACUUUUAAUUACAAAUUACUUAUAUAGCGUUAUUUACAGUAAUUGAUCAAAUGCGCUUCACAGAGUUAAGAAUAGAUACAAUAUUUACAUUAUGUACUAGAUAAAACAUGAGCAGCCAACUGUAUCUGAUAUACAAACUCGAGCCGAAGGCGAGAGUUUGUAUAUCAGAUACAGAUCGGAUGCGAAUUAUCGUACUUAAAAAAUGACCCAUCUUAUGAGUUCAUUCGUUCCGCAUUUUAACCGUUCCGCAUUUUAACCCCAUCCGUUCCGUUCCGCACAUUUUAACCCCAUCCGUUCCGCAUUUGAACCUAACCCGUUUGAAAACCCAUAUAGAACCAUAUUACCCAAUUAUUUAAUUUUGUAGUAUAAAAUUUGGUAAUUUCGAGUUUUCUUGUUUCCUUUGAAAUUUUCUUAUUUCAAGAAAAUUUAAGAACAAAUUUCUUAUGAUCUAACUAUUUCUUAUUUUAAGAAAGUGCUAACUUAUUUUAAGAAAAUGUUUUCUUGUUUUGAGAAAUAUUUUCUUAAAAUAAGAAAUUAUAUUUUCUUAAGAAAAUAUUUUUUUGCUGUGCAGUUCUUGGUCCAAUAAGCGAUUGUUCUGCACCCACAGUUAAUGGGACAAAAAGCUUUACUCAUUGCGAGAUAAUUGUGGAGUUGGCCUCAAAGAUAGACUGCACAAAUAUCAAACUCGCACGGCAUGAGUAUUUUCUGGUGCAACUUACGAUAUUCGAUCAGCUGAUUUGCUUGAAAAUCUGAAGUUAUAACCCCUAGAAGUGAGACAGAAUUACCUGAAAUCAAUCUCUAUGUAUAAAAUGCUUAGUGCUUACGUAUGUAUAUGUAUGUAUGUAUACGUAUGUAUGUAACAAACACAAUUUACCUUUCCCCAUUUUGUACAGUAAAUAUUUAAAAAUUGCGAAGACAUCAAUUUUUUAAUAAAUACCAAGUCUUAUGAUUCGAAUAUGAAGCGAUGGCAAACUUCGUAUGGGCAAGGGACACCCUGUAUAUCUAAAAAAAUUGGGCAAGCGUGCAAUAAAUGGUCUAUUAGUUCCACUUAUGUCUACAUGAACACCUGUAAAAAUGCAUGUGAAAUGCAUCCCCAGAUAUUCUUUAUCACCUCAACUGAUUACAUAUCACUACAAUGUUUCAUGUGCAAUUCUAGAUCACCAAGACCUGUGUUUACUAAACAACAAGAGCAAACUGAUGAUGAAGAAGGUCUGCUUGAAAAGUCAAUUGAACGCCAACCAAUGUAUUUCAGGUACGGUGGGGGUCAAAAGUCUGAGUCCAGUCAAUAUGAUUUUACCUUUCAUUGAUAUACAAUGUAUGCUUACACAACAUACCACUAUAUGUGCGUCGAAUAAGGAUUUACAUCAACGUUGGAAUUGAUUAUACUAUACUAGCCAAGUGAACAUUAUUUUAAUAUUUUGUGUGACCUCCUUUUGAUUUUAAAACAGCUUCAACUCUUCCUGGCAUAGCCGUAGAUUCAACAAGUUCUAACUUUUCUUAGUAUUUAUGGUUUAAGGUUAUUCCAGCAUUAUUGAUCAACGAAAUCCCAUAGGUUGGUUGUCUUUACUUGUGGGAUUAUGUUUCACUUUCUCUCGUUUCAAAUGUUCCAUAAAUUUUCAAUAGGAUUUAGGAUUUUAGGUCUGGAGGUUGAGGAGGAAAUCCAUAACAACCAGAUCACCUUUUUCUUGCUCCCUAAUUAUUAAAUAGUUUUUACGAAACAACAAUAUCACUCUUGCAACGCGGGAUAAUGAUCCGAAACACACUUCUCACAUGUGUAAAAAUUAUUUAAGAAGGAAGCAAGAAAAAGGUAAUCAUUUGGUUGUUAUGGAUUUUCAUCCUCAAUCUCGGGAACUAAAUCUCAUUGAGAAUUUAUGGGAUAAUUUGAAACCAGAGAAAGUGAUACAUGAUCCCACAAGUAAAGAAAACGUAUGGGAUGUCCUUAAUCAACCCUGGAAUAACCAGCAGUGCUUAUAGAACACUAAAACUGUCUGUACCAGUGUAGGUAGUACCAAUGUGAAAAUGCUGUGCUGAGUGGUUAUAUUACUACCUUAAAAAAUAAGCAGAAACUCGACGUUUCGAGCGAAGGCCCUUCGUCAACUCUUGACGAAGGGCCUUCGCUCGAAACGUCGAGUUUCUGCUUAUUUUUUAAGGUAGUAAUAUAACCACUCAGCACAGCUUAUAUAGAACACUUGUUGAAUCUGUGUCAGGAAGAGUUAAAGCUAAUCUAAAAUCAAAAGGAGGUCACACAAAAUAUUAAAAUAAUGUUCACUUGGCUAAUAUAGUAUAAUCAAUUCCAACUUUGAUGUAAAUCCUUAUUCGACGCAGAUAUAGUGCUGUAUUGUGUGAAAAUAUAUUGUAUAUCAAUACAAGGCAAAAGCGUAUUGACUGGACUCAGACUCAUACCCGAUUUGUUCUUUAGCAGCGCAAAUGCUUAUGCGCUAUCAAUCCGUAGAUCACGAUGGCGUGACGAAGCUAAUAUAAUAAUUUUGAAUUUGCAUAGCGGGAUAAUUCUACUGCAUGGUGCUUUCCCCGUUAUCAUGCAGUUAAAUAAACUUACGUGCAAAUUAUUUAGUGAGCGUGAUGCCGGUGCUCGUUUUGCACCGGCAGGUACUUUUGAGUACGAGUGGUGUCAGAAAUGGAAACAGCUGGAUGAGAUGAAGAGAACACAACUAGAAGCAUUGGAGAAACAGUUUAAAGAAGCUGAAGAUAAGUUAGAAACUGAUAUGGUUCAAGCUGUCGCUGAUUACGAGGCAGAAAUUAACCGUAGAGGUAUUGUAAUAAACCUGUGUAUUUGUGUUUGACUGCAAAUUUUAUUCAAGCUUGUAAGGCAGUGGUCGAAGUGUUUGAACGUUCGAACCAAACGUUUUGGCGACGCAUGUUGUUGAGGAUAUUUGUAUCUGUUGUUGAGUACCAUAUGUCAGUGCUUCAGAGUGCUUUAAUCAAUGUGGAAAUACACUACGAAUAUAAGUUAUUUAUAUUGAUUUUUUUUACUUUUUUUCUAAAGCGCUAUUCCACAUGGGAAGUAAGAAAAUAACACAUUUUAUUAGUAUAGGUAAUAGUAUGGUUUCGAGUGCAAUUUGGAAAAAACAUGCACCAGUGAGUUUUUCAAAUAUGAUCAAAAUUGUACGAGUCCGAAGGAUAAGUGCAAUUUGAAGUUUUUGAAAAACUCACGAGAAACCAUACUAUUACUUAAGGUCUAAUUCCACGACAAGCGAAAUGCGAAAAAUUUCAAGCGAAAACACACUUGUGCGAAAAUUUUCUCUCGCAGCGAUUUCCACACUUGGAGAAAAAAUUCGCCAAAACACAAGCAUUUGAUUGGUUUCGCUAUUUUGUCAUCCAAAACACAAGCAUCUGAUUGGUUUCGCUAUUUCCAUUUCGCAACGGAGUAGAAACGAAUUCAACUACCCAGCGAAGAGAAAUAUUUCGCAGAGAAACAUUCCAAAAUCAUGUUGCGCAUGCGUUCAACCGUUUCGCGCGAAAUUUUACGCAUUUCGCUCGUCGUGGAAUUAGGCCUUUACUAGAAGUUACUAUCGCAAGGGGGAAAUGCCACUGUAUGGCCAAAAGUUGUUAUUCCCCCUGAUUAAGUAUAUCAAACCAUUAAACCAGAAGAUCAUAAAGUGGUUUAUUUGAACAUUUGAUUUAUUCACAUUGCUAAAGACACAGCACAUGUUUGCAUUUUUAGUGUCAAAAUAUUCAGAUUGCAACAUUAAUAAUAAUUAUCACUAUUCAUAGCAACGUUAACAUUUCCGAGUGACUUCAGACUGUAUCAUGUAUGUAUACCAGGAAGCUCCUGAUUGAGAGUGAUUCAACUACCUGAAAAAUGCAAGUGAGGGGCCAUUCACAAAAUGUGUGAUGCUGCAAAAUAUGUGAAGAUAUUUGCCAAUUUUUCCCCUCCCUACCCCCUUAUGACAGUGUGUGACAGUUAGCAGUACACCCCAUCAUAAAAUACGUGACCUUUGGGGGUUACCCCCAAAACCCCGCAAAUUUCCUUUGCACUAUCCUUGGGAGCUCGGAGUUGACACUUGUAAAUGUUUGGGCUUUUUGUAUUAUUUUCUGCUAGAAAUGACUGUUUAUCUUACAUUCAAUGAAAUUUGCACUGUAUUUCAUUUUUUGACACUGUAUUUGAUUUUUGGCCAAUCAGAAUUGAGAAAUUUUUCAGGUAUUUUAUUAACCAAUAAAUAUGUCAUUGAUAAAAUAUUAUGAGUUGAAGUCGAUAAAACUUGUUUUAAUAGAUUACAUUUGAGGUCUGUUUACAAAAUUCUCUCUGAUUUCUAUUGCGAUUUUCAUCUUCUGAUGCAUGAGAACGAGUCUUGACGUUUUUUACCACCGUGUGCGAGGGUCGCAUUGAGAUAUGUUUUCUGCACAAUGUAGCAGCACUAGCAACUCCACAAACAAAUUGCCAUAAAAACUGAAAUUUGAACGGGCGAAAACAUUUCCAAAUUAGUAACCAGUAAUUACCUAAAUAUCUUAGUUGACCAUUAACAAACACAGUAAAAUAGUAGAUCAAAUAUAAUUGAUAUUUUGUAAUAUUAAAACUCGUGCCUUGAAACAUUCGCAUGUUACCACAAGAAAUUCAACAAGAGAAAUGAGAUUUUCGACUGUAGUACACAUCAGAUGCAAUCAUGGUACGUGUGUCACAUCUCGUAAAAGAUGCCAAAAUUAAACCUGUUUGGGGAGUUUUGUAAUCCAAGUGAGUAUUAUAUACACUUUAAGACCUGACCAGGAACGACUGCGAAAAAUGCAGCACAAUGUCCACUGGUAGGAAUUGAACCUACGGCCCUGCGAUUCCGGUGCAGCGCUCUAACCAACUGAGCUACAGAGGCCAGGUUACAGCUCAACAGCUGGCCUCUGUAGCUCAGUUGGUUAGAGCGCUGUAUCGCAUUCUAAUGUUAACCCUGAAUCGCAUUCUAAUGUUAACUCCACCAAGUGAAGUGUAAGCAACCAGAUUAUCGAUGUCCACCUUAUCACAACCCGCACACCCGAUUACCUAUAUUUUCGUGAACUUACGGUUACAGCUCAACAGCUGGCCUCUGUAGCUCAGUUGGUUAGAGCGCUGCACCGGAAUCGCAGGGCCGUAGGUUCAAUUCCUACCCAGAGGACCUUCUGCUGCAUUUUUUCGCAGUUCCUGGUCAGGUCUUACAGUGUAUAUAAUACUCACUUGGAUUACAAAACCCCCAAAACAGCAUUCUAAUAUUAACUCCACCAAGUGAAGUGCUAGCCUCCUCCGCAGGCAUCUCACCCGACGAAUCGGGUGGUGGGAAAAAGUUUGGUGAGAUGCCUGCCUUAAAUCGACACAAAAAUUUGCACUGCGCAUACCGGCUCGCGCAUGCAAAUUUUGACAAACGCAAACUUAGGGGGAGUAGGAAGGGCUUACGGCAAGGAGUGAAGAAAAUUUUGUUUUCAACACGAUGGCUUACAAGACGAGUAAAACUGUAAAAUUAACGAAUAAUCCUGGUCUUCAACAUUGCAAAUACAAAGGGAACUUUGACUAAAGAGCUGAGAACGUUAUCGAGAGCCGACGCAGCGAUUUACUGGGAUUGUUUAGAGACAACGAGUGACUUUGCAGAGAAGUGAAUUCCCGUUGUCGUCGAUUCAUGUCAAGACAUUUAUCAAGAUAAGGUUUCAAUUGAAAGUUUAUCGUUCAUAUAUACAAAUUUCUAUUCAAAUUGUUGACGACAUUUUAUACUGCUGAACGUGCAGUGAUUUAGUCGAAAUUAUAACACGAAAAGGAACGAUCGAAAAUUGUCAAUAUAUAAAUGUAAAUUCAACUGUUGACAUCUGUGCCUGCGUAUUAGAUAUAUAAACACCUCUUGCCUUGUUUUAUAAAUACGCUUGUAUGGAAGGAAAUCAUUAAUAAAAGUCUCAAACAAAUAGCUUUCUUAUUGUGGAAUACACUGUGCAAUUUGUCCCUUGGUCCCAAUGGACAAAGACAAAGUUUUUAAACUUGAGUGUCUCACAGUCUCAGAUGUGGCGAAAAUUAGCAAAAGCUUUCUUAAAUCAGUGUGACAUAAUGGAAAGGACAACUGGAAUUUAAUAAGAAUCUAAUAGUUUUCCAUGUGGUGUAGGGAUGAGCCGAUAAAGAAAAUUGCCGAUUACUGAGGCCGAUUAUUUAUAAGCCGAUUAUUGUAACUAAUCGGCCGAUUAAUCGGUACCCACCGAUUAUUUUAAAAAGCAAGCGAAAAAUCACAGCAUGACCAACAAUGAAGUUAUAAAUGCGGUUUUAUUGUUUACAAUACACACUUUGUAUAAUUAAAAACAGCUUCAGUCUUGCAUGUCAAUAGUCAAAGUUUAGUUUUGGCAGAUUAUGGUGUAAAAACAAGACAAUAUGCGGAGCUAGUCUGCUGCGCUUUUUUAGUGGAAAUGUUCCCAGCUUCACUUCACUUGAGAUGAAAGAACGCACAGGUUUUGCAACAAAAUGUGAAAAUCUAUUCGCUUGUAUUCAGUAUUUUAGCAUGUGAUUGGCAGCUGCAGAGAAAGUC